AACUGCGCAUGCGCUGCAAUGGCUUCUCGACUCGAUGCGGAGGGAUAUUAUUUCAUUUUAUUUGAUUUUGCGAAUGGGUUCGGUUGUCUCGAUGGACAGUAUCUCAAAGUAAAAUCACAACGACGAGUAAAUAAUAAUUAUGGCGCCUUGUGAUGCAAACCUCGCUUUAGGUUUUGAAAAGCGGCGACCAAGCGAACGCGGAAGUGAGUAGGAAGUAAUUCUCCCUUCCGCGUCUUCUUCUCUUGCGUUCGUCCCUCGGCGUCAGUGUCAUGAUCGGCGGAGCUCUUGGCUCCACUUAAUGAAACGAGACAGUGUGUUGAUCAGCUCAAGGUGACAGAUGUGAAGCGUGACAAGUGAAGGAGCUGGUGCAUCAUGGGGAACACGCCAUCGAAGAGCGACGGCGGAGAGGCGCCACCAAAAACAACUUUAUUUGAGAGGGAGCCAAGCGGCAUCACGUACAGAAUUCCUGCUCUCAUCUACCUGAGACACAGUGGCACCUUUCUCGCCUUUGCAGAGAAGAGGACCUCUUCACGUGACUGUGAUGCCAAACUUCUGGUUAUGCGAAGAGGGGUGCAGAGUGAUGACGGAUCUGUUCAGUGGCUGUCGAGCGAGGAGUUGUCAACGGCAUGCCUGCCGGACCACCGCACCAUGAACCCCUGCCCCGUGUUUGAGAAAAACACCAGCACCUUGUUUUUAUUCUUCGUCUGCAUCCUGGGCAACACCUCGGAGCAGAGGCAGAUCAUCACAGGUAAGAACAAGACGCGCCUUUGCUACGUCAGCAGCGGUGACGACGGCCACACCUGGAGCGAGGUCACGGAUGUAACGGAGAGCGUGAUCGGACAAACUAUCCGCAAGUGGGCCACGUUCGCCGUGGGUCCGGGGCACGGGGUCCAACUGGAGAACGGGAGGUUGAUUAUCCCAGCCUACGCCUACUACAUCCCAUACAGGUGCUUCUCCUUCCCCGUUCCUCACACGGUUUACCCGCGUGCGCUGACGGUCUACAGCGCGGACUUGGGCAAGACGUGGCACAUGGGCAAGAUGCUCCUCAAGAAGUCGUGCGAGUGCGAGAUGGCCGAGAUCAUAGAUCACGAGGGCCGGAGUCACCUGUACUGCAACGCUCGCAACUUCGGCGGCCACAGACGCGAGGCGCUGAGCGAAAACAGCGGCGUCUGCUUCGACAAACCCCGCACGGCCCGAGAGCUGGUGGAACAACCCAAAGGCUGCCAGGGAAGCGUCAUCGGCUUUCCCGUGCCCGAGUUCAUCCCCAGUGAGGACGCCGAGAACAAAACGUGCGACACGUCCCCUCUGUCUCCCGACACGCAAACCUGGCUCCUCUUCAUGCACCCGACCAACAAGCACAGCCGGCGGGACAUGGGCGUGUACUUGAACCGGUCCCCGCUGCACUCGCGAGGGUGGGACCGGCCCAGCAUCCUCCACAGCGGGCCCAGCGGCUACUCAGACCUGGCCUACAACCGGGACAACGAUCAGUUCUCGUGCCUGAUGGAGUGCGGCAAAGAAAGCGAACUGGAGCAGAUUGCGUUCAUGUCGUUCACGCUCAAAGAGGUCAUGCAGACAAACAGGAAGACUUGCUAAAUAACGACCGUCGCUUCCGCCAGCUUAACGUCUAAGCAUGAACGAUGCUAAUGCUAACAUCGCUCUGUGUCUUCUCGUGUUCCCUUUUGUGGAAGUGCGCAUGCAUGCCGGAGUCGUGUGGUCUGAUGUUUACUUAUUUACAUGACGAUGUACUUAAGUCCAUUGUGCUACUGUAUUUCCUCAAAUAGUGGCUGGGGUACAAAUGUAUGCAACUGCAGUAUCGGGCACGUAUUUGUAGUCGGCGUGUAUUUAAGUGGAGGCCUUUAUUUGUACAAUCGCCUGUGUAAAGUUAGAGCGGUAGACGCCGUUGUCUUGUUGGGGAGAAUUCUUACUUCUGUUUUUUACAGUGGGAGUCGAUUGUGUAACUUCCUUGCCUUAGCACUUUCUUUUUGUGUGUCCCUUUUAUUGUUAGUGCCUAUCAAUAAUGCAGUGCAGUAGAGGUGGAUUUAGCGUCCCGAAGUAGUAAACAGAGUCGGUGAUUUGAGUCAUUGCAACUUUUACGGUGACUGCAUGUGACUUGACUUUAAAAAAAAAAAAAAAAAAAAAGGCUCGAGACGGCACAUUGACUUGCAAUCAAGUUCCAGUCCACCAUGGAGAAUAUUUGGAAGGCUAUGAUUCCCGUGGAUGCCUGGCUCGAUUUUGAAACUGUUAAAAAAAAAAAAAUUAGCCAUGGCGGUCAUAAUACGGAAGAGAAACCUCGUUGUAACAAAACUUGCAGGCGGUCCGUUGUAGGACGGGAAGCAUACAGUGGAUUCAAAAAGUCUACACACCCCUGUCUGUUCAAAAGUAUGAUUGGGAAAGGGGGUAAUCGAACCAAGAUGAAUCAUUCCAAAACUUCUUACGCCAUCUCAUUUGACUUGAAACCAACUCAAUUGAAAGAAUAAAUGAAAUAUUUUCAAGAGGGGGAUUCUGCUGUACAACAAUUGCGGAAUCAAAUAAAACAGCACAGUGAACUACUCAAAAAUGGACCAAUCAGGAAAAAUAAAUCAAUGUCAACAUAAUAAUUUUGAAGUUACCCCAAUUUUAUUGACCGCUACUUUCACGUGUCUCUAGCUAACCCCAAACACACUGAAGUGAACAUCAGCUGUUCUAGUGGGCUUUUCCUGCCACGUCAAUUGAGUUUUACAGGUUAUAGGUCACAUGAAUGAUCGAAGAAGUUUCAGAAUGAAUCUUGGUCUCGUGUUUUUAUAUCACCAACACCUCGGAUUUGAACGGGGGUGUGUAGACUUAAUAUCCGUUGUACUUGAGACGUAAUAAUCAAGCCAGGAGGUACAUUUGAGGUACUUUUACAAGCUAAAAGCAUGACUUCGACUAAGCUGUGCUUGGAUGUCAUUUUAUUUAUUAAUUUUUUUAUUGCUGCACAGUUUGUAAAGCCACGCCGCCGCGCAUUUUGUGUAUUUUUAAAAUCCCCGAUCUCAUGAGUUGUUCAAGAGCCGGAUGUACUCGGCGACGAUAUCAAGGCACGCUAUUGGCGCCAAGGCCACUAUUUGAGGACGUAAGCUAUUUAAGGAAUGAUACUGUUUUGUCGGCUGAUUUUUAAGCAUGCCGCUCUGCCAUGAACAGGCUUUGUGUGCGUGUGCGUGCGAAUGUGCGUGUGUUGUGUAGCAUGCUUGACAACUGUUCCUGACCGCUUCCCGAGUCUUAUGAUUUUUUUUUUCCUACCUCAAUUCAUUUUCCUUCAAUCAAGGAGUGUAGCAUCCCCCCCCCCCACAUUCCCCCCCUGGCUUUCCUCCCAUUUUAUUUCACUCUACUGUGAUUCACACAUGCCUUCUCGGGUCAUACGGCCUUCAUAGGUUUGCCACCUUGCAAGCUGUGCCAAAUAUAAUUAAUCUAAAAUCGGGGAGAGUUUUUAAAAUUUUUUUUUUUUUUUUAACGCUUGUUCGUUUGGAGCAAAAGUAAUUCAUAUUUUUACAAUUUGCCUGACCGUGUGUGUUUUUCAGGGUACGUAUUGCAACUUCCCCUCGAGCGUUUUUGAAGACAUCUGUGAAUAGUUACGUGAUCUGACAAGAACUGAGUAGGAAAUCACACAAAAAAUUCGACUGUAUACCUUUGGACAUGUAAAGUCGACAUUAUACGAUGUAACCAUUUCACUUUCCAGCGACAUCAGUGUCACUCCACUGCAUAUGCAAAAGCGCCCCCCCCCCCCAAAAAAAAAAAAAAGAAAUCUUGAUCCAACACAGCCAAUUUUUCUACUGAAUCCCACAAAAAUCCUGUGAAGCGCCCGAUGGUUGUCGAAUGAUGACUUUUGUAAGAUUUCC